GGAGACAUUUGCUCGAGUUGUUCGUGAAAACAAUUGCCUCCGAAUGAAACAUUUCUUCCCAUUCUGGCUUCUACUUCUGCUUUGCGACUCCUUGUCGGGUUGCCAACGCCGCACGCUAGCAUGCAGUAGAUCAUCAGCGUGAGCGCGAUGCUGGGCUAGACGUGAGAAAAAGAGAGAGAGAGCGAGCGCGAGACGCACUGCCGAAAUGAGCGCAGACACUGGCAGCGCCAGGUCUGGCGAGCAGCUACACGGCGAGCUUCUACGCCGAUGGAGCGAGGCCAAGGCAGCGGAAAAGCCGUCUCCUUCGGAGUUCGAGAAGCUGAUCAGCGAUAAAGAGAAGGGCCUCAUUGAUGUGGAGCCGUCGCGCAGCAGUUUUGCCGCCGUUCCGCCCGUGGUCUGUUUCCACGGCAGCACAGACAGCGUGCUGCUGACGCUCAACAACCGGAGCAAGGCAGCUCACACAGUUCGCCUCAAGGCUAAUCACACCGCUGCACCAUGGCUGCAGGUGACGGGCAAGAAGAAGCUGGGCGAGCGCAUUGCACAGGGCAUGGAGGCCGUGAUCAGCCUGCACUGUACGGCGCUGGGAAAGAGUGCAUCCACCAUCCUGACGUUCAGCACUGACGAAGGUGAUCUCACCAUCCCGGUACUCGUCGUUGGUCCGAGGAGUCGACUGCACAUACCUGAUAAGGUGGACCUUGGUAUUGCCGUCUGUAAGCAUGCGUCCGCGAAGACGGUCACUGUUAAGAAUAGCGGCAGUGCCACUGCUCUGUUUGCCAUGCAUGCGGACAGACCAUUCGGAAUCAGUCCUGGCUACCUGUCCAUUCCGCCAGGAGAGCAUGCUGAAGUCGAAGUGUCGUUCAGCCCGACCAAGAUGGGCAAGCACGCUGGGGAACUGGUCAUCAUGUUUGAGCAUGGUGAACUGACUUCAGUUGAUCUGCAGGGCAAGUGUACCGAGAUCGAAGCACGACUGGACUCCAGCGACCUGCAGCUUGCGGAAAAUGCCAUUGGAAUGAUAGGCUCAAAGGUGCUCACGUUCCGUAACUGGACCAGCCACGCUCUGGAUUUCAAGUGGUGCCGCUACGCCAUGCCUGAAGUGGACGACGCCAUGGGCGCAGUGGACACGGUCGUCAGUGACAGCGAGGCUAUAAUCGACGCACUGAUCAGCGGACACUCUGACCAAGAUCAAGACGGCAACGGUGCUGCGCAUGGGAAUGAUCGACCUCUGGCGGCGGGACAUCCCACUCAGUCGGUCGAAUCCAGCAACCUCUUUGGUAGCAAUCCUCAGCAGGAUGUCAUACGCAUCGACCCAGCUAUGGGGACCAUCCCUCCGAAGUCUUUGUUCGACUUCACCGUCAUCUUCUCACCGACUGUGGCCAAGCUGCACACGGACACAGCGUACCUGCAGGUCGACGGUUUCCAGGACCGGAUCCCGCUGACGAUCAGCGGUUUGGCUACUGGCGCGCAGCUCACAGCCAGCACUCAGGACAUGGAUCUCGGCCACAUCAUGGUUCAUGAGCGCAACAACUUCGAGAUUCAGCUCACCAACACUUCCCUCGUGGCUGGUGACUUCAAGGUCGAAUUGCCCGACACUGAAAUGGCCAAGGACAUUGCAAUCACACCUGACUCAGGCGCUAUUCAGCCCGGCGGCAUGAGUAUUCUGCAGAUUAGUCUUGUAGCCAGUCGCAUCACUGACUUCGAUGAGACCUUCGUCAUCUUGGUGGACAACAGUGAUUGUCAAGUUCAUGUCCGGCUGAGGGCGGUUGUCGUGGGUCCGCUGUUGCACUUCAACCCGGAGUCUCUUGUGUUUGAUGAUGUGGGCUAUGGUUUCCCAACUCAAGCUAAUGCGACGCUCAUCAACACAUCCACCCAGGACAUUCGAAUCACACUGACCAUUCGCUAUGAAGAUGACGAUGGCGACUCCGCUGUACCGAGAUUUGAUUUGGAGAAAGUCGAGAAAGCACCACUGGGAGCCUGUGACAGUUGCACCUUCUGGGUGCGGAGCCUUGCUGAAUCACCGGGUGAUCACACUGCAGUUCUAGUGGUGGAAGUGGAAGGCAUCGAGCAGAUUCUGGCAUCAAUGCCCAUCGCUGGAAAGUGCAUUAUUCCUCAGCUUUCUGUGCCGAGACGUUUGGUGGACUUGCGCGAGAAUUUCGUGGAUCUCUGGAGCGAAGCGGACAUUCAAGUGCACAACGAGGAGUGGCUGCCGCUUAAUUUCAGUGUUGAGAUUCCUGUCAAGGAGAGCAGCGACUCAGGAGCAUUGGAGUGCGACAUCACGGGAAGCCGGCCCUUAAAGCCCGGUGAAUCGGCCACGCUCCACAUCCGUGCCAAGGCGCUCGCCCUGGGCAGUCACAGUCUGCUGAUGAAAAUCGGUGUCGUUGGCAGCGAGAUAAUGGAGGAUGUCGAGGUCCGUUUCUCUGGACUCGGCCCGGUCGUUUCCCUGUCCGUGCCAACGAACCUGGAGAUGGAAUGGGGCAAGAUACCGGUGCUGAAGGAGAGCCAGAAGUCGUUCUCUCUACGCAACGAGUCUGGCAUUCCGGCCACUGUCACACUGGAAAGCAAUGCCCGUGAGUUCACCCUGUCAACAAACCGUGUGAAGAUGGUGCCGGGUGGUAGUGCCGACGUAGUCAUCACGGCCUUCGUGAAGGAAAGCAAAAAGUUUGUUGGCGUAGUGUCGCUACACGUUGACCGUGGGGCACAGUACCGGUACGCGCUGUCCGCAAUCGGCUACGGCAGCACCCUUCACCUGAAGCCCGUGCUGCCGUUCCUAACCCCGCUGCUAGCCAGCAUGGUCACCAUGAAACCGGUGGCCAGGUUCAAGAGCGGCGAGAAAGCGGUGAGCAUUGACAUCGACGCCGAGCUCAAGGCCGGCCUCAACGUGUACUAUCUAGACCUGAAGCGGCAGUACAGCCGCGUGCCGAUCGCCAGGCAGCUGACCAUUGCCAACGACGGGCUGCGUGUGCACGAGUGCUCGUUCAGCACCUGGGGCUACUCGCCAAGUCGCGUGCACCACAUGCGAAUGGUACAGCAAGAGGCGGCCGAGCUGGGAAAGACGAGUGCUCCGAUCACCGAGGCCAUGACGCCGUCAUUCUCCAUCACACCCGACAGUUUUGUGCUGAGACCGGGCGACGAAGUGACCGUGACUGUCAAGGGCUUUUCCAAGAGUGUCCGCUUCGUCCAAGAGAGAUUGCUGAUGCACACUGUCUGCGGGCAGAAUGUCUACAAGGAAAAGGCGAUGUCCAUCGACGUGGCAUGCAAGUUUGUCGAACCGAUGCUGAACAUCUGCCCUGACGAGAUGGCCUUUCGGCAGAUUGUGGCGCCAGGAGAUGCGGUACAGAUGCAAGAACACCCGCUCAGGUUGUGCAACGUCACGGAGCUGCCGAUUGAGUGCACGAUCGCCGCGCACUACCCUUUCGGCUUUCGCCUGCCGCACUCGGAAAGACCGUGCGAGGAGGCAGCAAUGCGCAUACCCGCUCACACAGAGGCCACCAUUCUAGUGCAGUUCGACCCGGCGUAUCAAGCAGACCUCUUCAGUAGGAAGAUCGCCCAGCCGCUGUCAGUCAUCUACAAGGAUCACGUUGAGGUGGAUACGGUGCCACUUCACGGAGCGGUGUUCUUCCCCAACAUUGCCCUCAGUAAACUAGAGAUCGACUUUGGUCAUGUGCAGUGGCACACACGCAAGACGGAGAGCCUGUUCAUGCGUAACAUCGGCAAGGUCCCCGUGGCGUACCGCUGGGAGCUGCACUGGGCCAACGAUGCCGACGAGGAUGAGGGCGUAGUGAUGGAGGAGGACACAUCGUCCGAAUCGUCCGACACCGACGACGGAGAUGCCGAGGGUGCCAGCAUUCCUGAUCCACUGCCGCUGAGCGUAGUGGCUAGCUCCAGGCAAUCUAAGCAUGCCACGGUUAGCCAGACCAGUGCUGAUAGCCAGCAAGAUCAGCCGGUGCCAUCAUCAGAAGAAAACGCAGAGCGAUCGGGCGUGUCAAGGUCAAGGCACAGCACAGCCAAGAAUGGUGUUGCAGGCGGUGAGAGUCGCGGCGAAUCUCGUCAGUCGUUCCGAGUCGACACACCUCAUGGUGAUCUGUUCGUCAGUCAGCCCGCGCUGGACAGCAGAGCGUCACCGCGCUCCAGGCGGCAUAGCGUACAGAAGCGGUUCAAGCCGUUCUCACAGCUGCCAAAAGUACCUCCCUCUGCCGGAGAUCUUUUCGACGUGAUGCCCGUGUUCGGAACGAUUCAUCCGGGCAACGAGCAGAUGAUCUCGUUUGACUUUGCUGGCAAGACCGGCGCGUGCAAGGACUGCAAGGCAGUGUGUCGUGUGGACGGUGGUCCCAUCUACACAGUCAAACUCAGCGGAGUAGCAAGCAAAGUCAAGUAUUCCCUGUCUACUAAGUACAUGGACGUCGGAUCCAUUCUGUUCAAUGUAGUGCACACGGAAGAUUUCUUCAUCACCAACUUAGGCAAAGGACCGUUCACGUUUUCCGUUUACCCAGCUGAGCCCUGUGAAAGCUUAAGUCGCUGUGAUGUUGUGCCGGAAAAGGGAAAAGUGGCCCCGGGCAGCCGCUUCAAGUUGCAGUUGAAGAUAUUUGCCGGGCUACCAGAUGUGGGGUACUCUGACUUUGGGAUUCGUGUGCAGGGCCAUCGGCGCGAGCAGGUCCGAGUGAAGUGGAACGGCCAGCUGGCCUCGCUCAGCCUUACUGUGCCGCGCGUGGUCUCGGACGGCUACAUCCGCUUGGCGCGUGUGGCGCAGCAGAGCCUGAAGCAGCGCGGACUGGACAUCAGCAGCGAGUACAUGAUCGAGGUGCUGGAGGAGCUCAGGCGCGUCGGCUCGGAACCGCACCGGAGCGACGCGCUCAGCACGGCGCACAUGGACACCGCCGUCACGUCCAUGGCCGACGUCUUGAGCAGCACGGCGAGUCUGAAACCGCCGCCGGAGGACAUUGAGGACACUGCUAAGCUACAAGUUGUCCAGAUGCAGAUCGACGCUGAAAUUGACCGCGUGUGGACGGCCGAGUAUCACGUCCGUCGUUAUCUUGAUACCAACACCGUGCUCAAGUCACUGCCCGAACACGGUAUUCACUUUGGCCAGGUGAACGUCAGCAAGCCGUUCACCACCUGCUUCAAGGCGGUCAACGCGUCACCGUGGCCAGUGGCCUUCCACCUGGACCAGCGGCAGUUGGAGUGCACUGGGUUCUACUUGACUACUAAUCGGUUGCGUGAGGUACGUGGCAUGGCCUUCCUGGACGUGGACGUACAUUACGACCCACACCGACGCCUGGGCAAGAACAGCAAGGCACCGCGACUCUCGCAGGAUGAGCUGGAGAGGGCGCUCUGCAAAAUGUGCGGGAACAUUGCGGCAUACGUUAUCUUUGAGGUACCUGACCAGCCAAGCCUUGCACUCAGGCUGCAAGCUGACCUCUACCUUCCAACACUUGACAUCAGCAAACGGGAUGUUCAGUUUGCCACCACCAAGGCCGGGGAGUGUUCCGUGCAGAUCCUGACGCUGGCCAACCUGGCGUCCGCUCCGCUCCGGUGGCACGUUGAAAUGGAAAAGCCCAAAAAGCCCAAGCUUGACAAGUUCAUGCCGCUGCAUCUUAGAAAGCAGGCGAUGGCAGAGAGCUUGCCGAAGUCUGCGUUCAGCACACACCCCGUCGAGGGAGAGAUCGACACGCGUGACACGCAGCAGCUGUCCGUGAUCUUCACCCCUCUGGAAGAGAAACAAUACAAGGAGUCAUUCAAGAUAGUUGUUGAGGGAUUGGCAAACACCUAUGAAGUUCAGGUGUCUGGCAGAGGACUUGAACCUCGGUUGAUCUUCCCGGCCGGCACCAGAGAGAUCGGUCCAACACUGCCGGAUGACACCGCGUCAUCGGAGAUCACCGUGCAGAACCCGUGCGACUUCCCGGUCGAGUUCUUUGCCACGCAAUUUGACACCCAGUUUGGAAUUGAGCAGAAGAUCCUGACCUGGGACAAUACCUUUGACAGGCAGCACAAGAUGAUCGUACCGCCGAUUGAAGCCGGUAGCGGACUGCCUAUCGAACUUCUUGAAGAGUACCGAGAUACGCUCAAGAUGAUCCAAGAUCAGAAGCAACAGAUUGCCGAAGAGCUCCAGGCCGAUGCAUCCGCAAUGGAUGUCUCAAGCACGGUAGCACUCGCCGAAUCUGCAACGUCUAUUGGUCGUGGCAAGUCGCGUGCAUCCAACAAGGGCAGCGCCAGGGAGCAGAAGGAGAAAGAGAAGGAGAAGGAGAAGAAGAAGGAGAAGAAAGAAACUAAGAAAGAGAAAGAGGCAAGGGAGGCGGCGGAAGCUGAAGCCGCUGAAGCCCUCCGAAUCGCUGAGCUAGAGGCCGCCAGGGAACUAGCAAUGUCGCCUAUGUCUCGUAUCCAGCGUAGUAUUUCCAACCUUGGUGCAGACAUCACCGCUGGGCUACCUGCGGACUUCAGGAGAAUGUCACCGCAGCACUUCACCCAACUACUCAUGGAUCCGCAGCUUGGCUUGCAAGAUAAUAUGCCUCCGUCGGUAAGAGCGAUCUGUCGGAGCCUUGGCAUCGACGCAAGCACCAACGGGCGGCAGGAGCGUCGCUCUCAGGGCAUCAUCAUUGUCGUUCAUGGCGCGCCGUCCUCUGGAAAGACCACACACGCAGAACGGCUCGCCGAGAAGUACCACGUCAAGUCCCUGACGCUGGACGAGGUGCUGCAAGAAGCCAUCGAUGGCCUUGACGAUCACGGUGGCGCGAAGGCCUCCGAAUACCUGAUCAGAGCGCGCACUCAAAUCCUCGUGGCACAUCAACGAGAGCUGGAAGCGGCGCAGCAGCAAGCCGCGGCAAACGCAGCUGGCAAGAAGGGAGGCAAACCGGGCAUGUCCAAGAAGUUGAGCACAUCGACACUCUCGGGGAGCGGUGGCAACGCUCAUGCCCCGAUCAGCCCUCUAGCCAGUGGUAAGGCUCAAGGUGUCUCUAGUGACGCAGCUGGCGCCACACCUCUAUCUGCCAGCACACUGACAUCACCGCCAGCGCACACUGCACAUUCGGCCUUUCCACUGGACGAAUCGAUCGACCCGUUGCUCGUUGAGCGUGCCAGCACGAGUCGCGAUGACAUUACCGUACCACUGGACGAAGACAUUGCCGUAGAAAUCCUGCGCCACCGGCUGAUGAGAGAUGAGCAUUAUCUAGGUGCAAUCUUCGACGGUCUUCAAACUACCAUUCUCAGUGAUAUGGACGCGGCCUAUCGCGUCAUUCGCCGUGCCGUGGGCAACAGGAGGCAUUUCUACUUCUUUGACCUGUACUGUGACAGAAGCGGCCUGGAUCAACGCGACAGGCGGCGACCAUUCUUUGAGUACACCGAAUUCGACCGCCCCGAGACACCAGUUGUUGUGGAACUGCCCGACUGGAGGACCAUUGCGGAAGAGGACUACUUGAACUUGGACGAAGACACAAGAAGACGUGUUGACGAACAACAAGCCAUGGACAAGAAGCAAGAGCGAUUGAGAAAACGUCAGGAGAAGGAGGAAGAAGAGCGCAGAAUUCGCGAGGCACAAGAAGCGGAGGAGAGACGGCUCGAAGAGGAGAAAAACCUGAAGAAAAAGAAGAAAAUGUCCAAGCACCAGUUGGUCGGCCAGUCACCGUCGGGCUCUGUGGCUAACUUGGUCAGGCGCGGCUCACGGCCAUCCUCAGGCGCCCACCAGCGCAGUAACAGCCUCCUUGUGCCGCCGGAUGCUGCCGCUGCGGGGUUGGAGUCUAAGACAUCGAUUGGCGACGCCGGUGAACUUGGGAAAAGCAAGCUGGCCGGUGCUUCCCGCAGUCGCUUUGACUCAACGAUGACUCUUGACAAAAUUGCGGACGAGGCUACUGUAGUCGAGGAUGAGGUAGAGUCAGCAAGAUGCCCAGCAGCUGACACUCCACCUUUUCCAGCUGACUUCGACGGUGAACUACCUGGGUUCCCCGAGUACUAUGCGUCGCGCGCGACUCUGCCCAGAGUGAUGGGCCUGUGGCACCCGGAUGACGGGGGAUUCGUGCCCGACCCAGAAAAGCCAAGCCCAGUAGAGCAAGCUCCGCCGGCUGGCGGUACUGGGAAGAAAGGACUGGGCCGGGUCAAGGAGACGGACAGCCGAGCGGACGUUGCAAAGCCUGAUUCAAUGGCACCCGCAGCAGCCGCCACACAGGACAAAGCGGAGCAGGAUUUCGAGUUCCCCACCUACGUCUCAAUCGAUGUCCAGCUCCCCAGACCUCCGCAGGCAACGGAGGCACCAGAUGGAACGGACUCACGGCUUUUCGACUAUCCCUACAGUGUCAUCGAGGGCCUGGAUGAGCUGCCAGUGCCAUCCAGCGCACGGUCAACUGAAUCCGAUGCAUCGAGCACUGCUAACACUGAUAGCCUGCACUCGCGUAUUCCAAAGACAUCGGCGAUCGUCCUGCCGAUGCAGUGUCGGCAGCCGUCAUCGGUGUCCCGAGAAGAGCAGGCGGAAGUCGAUGAAAGCGCCAUGCAUCAGCUGGCGAAAAAGCUCCGCGUGUCAAUAGACCAGCUGUACUGGCCUGGCAAAGGGGAAUUACCGGCUCGCCAGACCAGUCUUCAGAGCGCACACAGCAUGGCCAGCACACACUCAUCCGGCUCGACUCAGCACGAGGGUAAGACAGGGCGCGAAGAAGAUGAGCAACAACACGAACAAGUGGAGCACGGUGAGCAAGGGCAGAGGAGGAGAUCAAGCGGCCAACAGCGGCCUAGCACCUGUUCCAUAGAGUCGCAGGCUGAGCCGAUGAUGGACAUGCUCUACACCACCAUUGCCGAGGACAUAGGGCAGUCCGCCGAGCUAGUAGCACAGUACCUGGACAGUCUGACGCCAUCUCUUGAAGAGGUGAUAGCUGAUAUACCGUUUGGGCCUGGGAAUCCAACGGAAUUGCCUCAGGCAACAUUCCAACUUGUCCAGCAUCCGGGACUAGAUGUCGAGGAGAUGGAAACUGAGAAUCUUGCCUGCUUCUCUCUGAUGGCCGAACCAGCGCCUCCGCCACCCCCGGAACCCGUGAUGGAACCAUUCGGGGGUGGGCAGUCAGCCGGCAGCAAGGAAGCUGAUAGCCACGCUACAUCAGAGGGUACCAAAAAACCCGGCUCUUCAAGGUCGCAGAAAGGCUCGGCUACGUCUCUAGGGAAGAAGAGUGGAAGUGGCCGGAAGUCAGUGGCCAAGUCUCCACAGCCGCCCAAACGGUCCGGCCGGGCAUCUGCUGCUUCGGAGGACAGCAUCUCUUCUCGGCCGUCUACAGCAAGUCUGGAUCAGAUGUCCAUGGCAUCAGCUGAACAGAAGCCACCGCCGGUGCGACCUGUACAUCGAUGGGUAGUGCCGCCCCGAGGCUCUGUCUCAUUCCAUGUCCACUUUCUCAGGAAGGUCCAAAGCACCGUUGACAAGGUUCUGAAAUUCGAGAUUGUCGGCAGUCGGCGCAGAUACGACCUGUUCUGUCGUGGAAUCUCCAGGUACCCGGACAUGAAUCGGCUGCCUCAGAUAAUUUGGCCAAACAUGAUAUCGCGCAUGCCUCGUGGUGGCGCCAAGCCCCAGAGGGUGUUCGUGACGGAGUCCAAAACGUACUUCUUUGGCUCGCUGCUAUCCGGCAAACCGCAUGACCGCAUGCUAGAGGGAAGAUUCCCGGAGAACAUGGUCAAGGUGAAAGUGAUCAACACAACUGGUCUGCCCAUUACUGUUGAUCCGUCUUUUGAACGCGACGACUCCGGUGAAACAUUCUUUGUGGAGCCACGCAACAUGGUGUUGCCACCAGCCGGCAAGGGGGCACUGACGAUUAGCGCCUUCCCAAGAAUGAAGCAGGAUAGCGUGUAUGUAGAAGAUGUGCUUCGAAUCGCCUUCAACCAGAACCCCGAGCCGCUGAUUUUCGGUGUCACCUGCUGGUCUUCUAAGCCACACCUGGUAGCGGAACCCAACGAGUUCCCCUUCUCGCGUGUAGCUAUGGGCAGAUCUGUGACGAAAGAAGUCAAGAUUUACAACAAAAGUAUGCUGCCAGUUGCUUUCCAUGUUACUGGUAUAAAGGAGCUGGGCGACGAGUUCACUUUGGACAACGAUCAUGGAGUAAUUGCACCCGGUGAUUCCGCUACGGUGAAGCUCACUGUGAAGUCACUACGAGCCUUUGCGUUGAAGAAGUCACUUCGACUGGAGGUGUUUGACCAAGACCACACGAUGGGCAUGGUUCACUCCGAGAACCUGGCCGUCAACUGCGAGGUGUACGACGUUCUCGUCGACAUCAACUACCCGAAGAGUCCCAGCGGCAGCGAGGACAGCGAACUCGAGUUCGCCGCCUGUCGCGUGUACGAGGAGCAGAAGCUCACGAUGCACCUGCGCAACAAGGGCAAAUACACAGUGAACUAUCAAUAUCACGUGGACAAGAAGUCUUUGCCGGACCUGGGACUGACCGACGCCUUCUGUAUCAUACCGCAGAAAGGCAUGCUGCAGCCGGGCGAGAAGCCGACAGCCGUGGCUAUCACGUUCCUGCCUGAAGUGCAAGUGGAGAUGUUGAGGACACCUGUUAUCCACUUGGAGAUUCUGGACCCGUUCUGUGGUGGAGAGCAAGAUGAAUCCAUCGCCUACGUUCCCUGUAGAGUCACAUGCAAAGCUGUAUUCAGUCGGUACAACGUGCAGCCGGCUGCGGAUCUGAAUUUUGGCACGAUGAUCAUGCAGACGAGACGUGAGAGGAAGUUCACGCUGAUCAACAGCGGCGAAUUUGAGUUCAAGUACCAGCUGAUGCGCUACGAUGGCCUCGUGACACCGUUGGCCACAGCCAGCCAUGCCAAGCGCCUGCAUGCUAUUGAGAAUACCCAGGAGAAGAACAAACGUGCCAAGGAGGCACUGGCCAGAGCUGCUCAAGCAAAGAAGGACUUCAAUUCCAGGCCCGAGGGCAUGUCGGGGCAGGGCUCCAACUCGCGCCUGCUCAUCGGACCGUUCACCUGCUCGCCGGCCAUGGGCUCCGUUGCUCCCGGCAACCAGGCAAUCAUCACCGUGGAGUGUCAUGCCGACAGCAACGCCCGCACAGACGUACUAGCCCUUGAUAUAGCUGACCGCGCCCCAGAGGACAAUCCCAACGGCUUUCCAUACAACUUGAUCAUGGAGGCCUGCGUGCCCAGCGUCGAUACUGGACUGCGGGAUAUCUUCGAGGAGCACAACAUUGUUCCCAGUGCCGCUCACAUCUCAGCACCGCAGAUGCAGAGAGUGUACGUUGGACAAGGUACCCUGUGUGAGGAUGAGCGACAGUUCCUCUUCCACAGCGUGUUCGUGGGGACGCAGGUCAAAGCCAGGCUGAAGCUCGUCAACAAGACAAAGCUGCCGUGCGACAUCAACAUCACGAUAAAGGGUCAGAAUGCGAAGGCAAGCAUGAAGCUGUCGGACGUUUUCUCCGUGCAGCCCAACAAGUUCUCCUUGGACGGAAAAGACAUGAAACUGGUGACGAUCACGUUCUGCCCGCAAGCCAUACAGACGUACAACUGCACGUUUGACAUUGGCGUGGUGGAUCCGGCUGUACUGACAUCCAGUGUUAUGAGCCGUGGACCGAAGAGUCAGUGCCAGUUUGACGUGUGCGGUGAAGGUGCCCUGCCGCGACUCAGCCUCCUGGAACCGCCGGCUGUCGUUAACACCAAGAACAGCGUUGCGGAAAUCGAGCAGACCCCUCUGGAGUUCCGCCGCCUGCUCCCGCACAGAUGUUCCGUGAAGAUGGUCGUUGUAAAGAACCACUCGCCGUUCUCAUGCGAGGUGGAGGUGCGACUUGUCGAACAUCUGGACGAUGCUCGGCUUGUUGCGUUUAGCUUUGCCGACGGCGUGGAUGCGUGUACGGAUGUGCCUGAUCCCGCAGCCACCGACAUGCCCAUGGUUGAGCCCAAGCAGCGACGCGUCAAAGUCCCUGCCCGCCUGGCUGCGCGCAACGCCACGCCGUUCCAGUCGACGUCACUGCAGGAUGCGCUGGCUGGCGCGGCGACGGAGUCGGACACUCCACGGAAGCGCUCCACGAUGACCCUGCAUGUUGGUGCCGAGGAGACGGUGCGCAUUGCCAUCAAGUGUGCGCCGAAGAUUGUCGGCUCCUGCCAGGGAGAACUGCAGGUGGCUGCCGCCGGCAAUCCGUUUGAAGUGGCGCGUGUAAAGCUGCUGGGUGAGGGGUACACGGACACACUGCAGGUGCUGGGACUCGAGGAAGUCAUGUCGUGUUUCAAGAUGCUGAAGAGCACCAGCAUCGAGAAAGUCGACUCCACUACCAGGGUCGCCGUGGACAAGAAGGAGACGAAAAAGCAACAGCAGCAAAAUCUGAGAAGUGAAUCGCGGGUUUCAACGUGUCCUGAAGAAGCCGUGCGCUGCUGGCACGUUGACUUUGGCGGCACUGAGGUGAAAGCCAAGAAGUCGCUUCACUUCACAAUCACCAACCAUGAUGCGAACUCUGUGCUGAAAUUUAAAUUCAUCAUGCCGGCACUGGAUGCCAAGACCACCCUGACAUGCGUUCCAAGUUUCGGCCACAUUGGUCCCGGUCGAACGAAAACAAUCCACGCCAGUAUCGUCGCCAAGAAGCCCAUUAGCGUCGAGCGACUGUGCUUCAGCUGCAAAACCGUUCGCAUCAACUACGUCAGUCAGGGAGAAGUCGAUGUACAGACUCUUGAUGCAGAAGAUUGGGAUGAGCAGAGUGUUGUGGCGCAGAUUGUUGAAGCUGUGCCCACUCACAAGAUCGGCGCUUUUGAAAUGCCCGACCAUUUGGUGCGUCCCAUUCGGCAGCUGCAGGAAGAGCCGGAACACACCGCCGUGGACCGGUCGGCCCGUGACCUUGCUUUCGCUGUCAGCAUGGAGUGUGAGUACGCCACCUACGAGUGCCCGAUGGCCAAUGCUGUGGACGAUGCCAUGCCCACCGUGGAGUUCAAGAGUACUGCGUUCUAUCAGGCUCGUGACCUACUUCUGCCGCUCACCAACACCAGCAAGGUGGACAUGCGCUACAAGUGGGCGAUCAACGACGAGACCGAUGUCGGCAGCACUCCGUCUCUCCCGCCGCUAUCGGCAGCUCCCACCGACUUGUUCGAUGCACUGCUCCUGCCUCUCAAGCGCCGGCACCAACUCCCCGCGUUCUUCAUCGAGCCGAGCGAGGGCACGGUGGCAGCUGGAGGCACGGUCACCUUUAAGGUCACGUUCCGCCCCGUUGUCCCCGACAAGUCUACCAUCAAGCUGACAUGCAGUAUUCCCAACUUGUCACCCACCCUGGAUCCGCCAGCCAUGACACUGGUGGGCAAUGGCAUCGUGCCGAUUGCCCACCUCGACCUGCCGCCGUCCGAUUACCUGACCGGAGCUCGGCGAGCGGUUGAGCUGAAGACCGAACCGGAGCACACGCUCCCCACCGGUGCACAGUUACAUGUGAACACUAAGGUCAUGGAGUUCACUAGCCAUGCCCAGCAGCCAACUGCUAGGGAUUUCCGCGUUGCCAACCCAACGUCUCGGCCGUGGAAGUAUGUCUGGGAAAUGAACCCAAUCACACCUCGUGACGCGGAGAAUGCAUUCAAGAUCACCACUGUCGAAGGUGUGAUUGACGCCGGAAAACGAAAUAAGAUGGUGAUUGAGUUUGCGCCGUCCAACACGCGCUUCCUGGAAGGCUUCUGGAACUUCACCAUUCCCGAGCACCGGCUGAGCAUUCCGUUCUUGCUGGUUGGACGAAUGACCGAUCCGGAUGUCACUCUGUCCACCAUAGCACUGAACUUUGGAUCCACUCUCACAGGUCGCAAAGUCAAGCGGUCGCUGGAGAUCAUCAACACUGAGGAAGUGUUCGUUGAGUACUCGUUCUCCGACCCGUCGCGUAAGGUGGACCUACACACGGCUAAUGUCAGCGUGAGUCCUCGGCAAGGGAAAGUCCCUCCGAGAUCCAGGAAAACCAUUGAUGUCGAAAUGAGCCUCUUCGUGGAGAAGGAAAUCUCCUUCAGCAUAUCCUGCAAGGUGAAGGGUAUGCUGAAAACUCUACCAUUGAACAUCAAGGCUGAAGGCUACACCGUGCACGUGGAGGGCACCAUGGAGUCACCCGCCACUGACGGCAAGACUAUUACCAAGCAGCUCGAUUUGGCGCCCAACUUCAACAUUGUCGAUUUCGGAAAGGUUCAGGUCAAUGAGAAGGUCGUUCGCACGAUCUCCGUCUAUAACAAUGGACGUUUCCCAACGGUCUACCAGUGGGCGGUCACGCAAGCAUGCGAUGACCCAGGUGGCUGUGCACCGUCGGAUGUUCACAGCGGGAAGGGACGGCGCAAGCUGAUCUCGCUCAAGCCCAACCUGAAGGGGUCCAUCGAGCCAGCCGCGUCGCAGAAGUUCACCAUCGUCUUCUGCCCGAGCCAGAAAAAAGUGCUGUCUGGCUGCGAGGCAGUUUGCCAGAUGGCUUAUGGUCCGUCGUUCCGGGUUGUGUUUGCCGGUGAGGGCACCAAGCCGUCCCUCCACUUCUCGUUCACCAAGCACAACUUCGGUGCCUGCUUUGCGGGCCGACCAGCCGAAACCGGCCAGAAGAAGACGCUGACCAUCAAGAAUGACCACUCGCAGCCCGUCAGUAUCAAGUGCUUGCCGUUCAAGACCGAUCACCUGUCCGUGGCGUUUAAGGCAGGCAUCAUGCCGCCGGGUGCAAGCAAGGAAGCGCUCUUCCAGUUUCACCCGAGGACGGUCGGCAAAGUGCAAGAGGUUGUGCAGUUUGAUGUGAAUGGUCUCUCCACGACGAACGUACGGUUCGCGGGCGAAGGAACUGCACUGAAGGUUGAAGUGGCUGAUCCAGAGCAAUCAUUCAUCAAACUCAAGACUAUACAACCGAGACAGACGUGUAGCCGAACUGUGAAGCUCGUCAACCGAAGCCUCGCGCCGAUCACGUUCGACGUGGGCCUGUCGCCGCGGGCAACCCUGGAUGCCAGCGUUCUGACCGUCAAGCCUCACUCCGACAUCCAGCUCGGUCCGGGUGCUGCUUGCAACGUGGUGGUGACCUUCUCACCAACCGGCCGCAUGCCCAGGUUCUCAGAGGAGAUCAUCAUGGAAUACGCAAACGCAGUCAUGCCACUGUUCACCGUGUCCGCGGCGUGCAUUGCCCGAGAGGUUUCCCUCGACUUCAGGCGGCUGACUUUCGGCGAGGUGGUCCUCGGAAGCUCUACCCAGCGGCGUAUCACCAUGAAGAACUCUGGAGAUCUUUCUACACAGUACCAAUGGGAUGCUGGAAAGUUUGGUCCUGACUUUGCCAUAAGUCCAAUGGAUGGUGUCAUCGAAGCAGGAAUGGAGGUUCACUUCACAGUCAGCUUCAAGCCAGUACGGCUGUCAAAGGACAUACGCUAUGAGAAUUUACUGUGUCGCUUGGAGAAUGCCGCUGCUUUGCAGCUGACCCUGACUGGUGUGUGCAUAGCGAGAACAACGACGAGAGAGCCCAUCCAAUUCUCAUGUCACGUCCGUAGCAAGGACGUCAAGACCAUACAGAUCAAGAACCCGACCAACCAGGCGUGGGUGCUGCGCCCCGUCAUCGAGGGCCAUUAUUGGAGCGGUGCCGAGUCCGUGACCGUGGAUCCGCUGAGCACUAAGCCGUACGAAGUCACCUACAAACCAGUGGUGAUGACCGCUGACGGACGGAAACACCAGGGGAAUGCGUUCAUUGCCUUGCCCGACGGCAACGCAAUAUACUACACGUUCCUGGGCUCGGCGCAAGAAGCCAAGGUCGUGACAGUUCCCAGUCGCGAGUGGCCUUGCAAGAAGGAGCUCAAUGAGGAGUUCACCAUCAGCAACUGGCUAAAGACACCACAGCGGUUCAAUGUGAAGAUUGACAUAAUCAAGCCGGAUAAGAAUGACCCAGCUACCAAUAUCCAUGGCCUGGACUACGUUGACGUGCCAGCCGGCGGAAAGGCAGGCUAUCAGCUGCGGUUCCGCGCACACCGCGAAGGAACUACGUCGAUGCGGCUGACAUUUCGCAAUCCGGACACCAGGGAGCACCUCGUCUACCUAUUCGCCGUCAAGUCGACUUCGCCGGAGAUGAUCAAAACGAUAACGCUGCGUACGCCAGUCAGACAGGGCAUACCGCACACCAUCGUCGUCCACAACCCGCUGGAGUCGCCCGUCGUCUUCUCGGCGGUGAUCAGCUGCAACGAGAUCAGCCUGCCGCAGCAAUUCACGGUUCCCGGAAAGUCAGAUGGAGAAUGUACGCUGCAGUAUUUGCCACUGAAGGUUGGCAGAAGCAGCACAAAGCUGACCUUCAGUAGCCAUGAACUCGGCUCUUACGGCUACGAGCUGGCGAUGGAAGCGUCGCUGCCUCCGCCGGAGCAGUCCCUCUUCUUCCGCACCACGCUCGGCGACAAGCAGGUGCAGACGUGCCACUUCACCAACUUUGCACGCACCAAAACCGAGUAUCUGUGCAAGGUCGACGACUCUAACUUCCUGGUGGAGCGGAGCAUUUCGGCAUUGGCCGCUGUGCCGGGCGGCACUGCGUUAUCAACCGAGGUGACGUUCGAGCCGCAGUGGCUAGGUGAUUUCAAAGGCACGCUAACCAUUGCAUCGAGCUCCGGCGGCGAGUACCAGUUCCCGGUCAAGGGCACGUGCCUGCAGCCGAAGCCGCAGGGUCCCAUGGUCGUGAAGGGCCACGCCACGACGACCAUCCCGUUCAAGAACGUCUUCGCCAAGCCGGCCAAGUUCCACUUCUCCAUCGACAACCCGGCGUUCACGUUGCGCAGCACCAGCGACACUCUCCGCGCCCGCAAGGUCUACUACAUCGGCGUGAGCUGCGAGACCGGCCACACGACCGGGAGCAGCAAAGCGGCCGCGUCGCAACCGCCCCCACCGCCACCCACGGGCACGCUGACUGUGAGCUGCACUGCCGAGUCGCUGAAAGAAGCCGGCCUUCCGUGCAGCGAAACCAUACAGUGGGUCUUCUACGUGCGCGGAGUGCCGUGAUAACUCUGCGACUUGCCUCGCUUGAUGGACAACUGAUUUUCAUUCUGUGCUUAGGACAUCAUGCAUGCAGCGCAGUCAUGUACUUUGACCAUGAUGACGGCUGGAUGUCCAGGCAUUGUGCCUUCAUCUUGUUCUUCACCUGUAUCACUCAUGCAAUCAUACAGGUCAUGCAUAUCAUACAGGUCAUGCAAUCAUACAUGUCAUGCAUAUCAUACAGGUCAUGCAUAUCAUACAGGUCAUGCAUAUCGUACAGGUCAUGCACAUCGUACAGGUCAUGCAUAUCAUACAGGUCAUGCAUAUCAUACAGGUCAUGCAUACUCAUGCAUUUUCAUGCAGCAUCAAUGAAACAGCUACACUGUGGGUGAGUAAUGCGUUAUGUAUUCUCCGCACGCCUUUAGUACCCAAUUGAACUGGACAAUGUGAUGAAUUGACACCGACCGUUCAGCCUGGCUGAACUCCUGCGAUCCUCUUAGAUUCUAGACUGGAUACUUUUUUUUCCUAGGAUGACUAUGCACUGGAGGGGAACUGAGCGUGAAAACUCGUUGAUAAUGACCGGAGCUGACCUAUCAGAAUUUGUUAUUUUGUACGUUUUCUUUUACUGGUAGCAUCAUUUUGCUUUCUAUACAUUGGCAUUGCAUUGUGGCUGGAACUUUAAACUGUCACGCCAAGCUGAAAUUCUGCAAAAUGGCCGCCAGGGAUUCUUGAGCCCCUGUCCGUACCAUGUGUGGUGAGUCUGUGUUCUGUAUCUGCUCUGAACCGUGAACUCUGAACUCUGAACCGUGACUGAGCAUUGUGUUCGUGUGAUGCUGCGUGUUUCUGAUGAUGCUGGUGAGCAAGUUUGGUUUAUAUUUUUAAUGGUUGCUGGUUUUUGGUUUUAUUUUUUCAAUGUUUAUUUUUUCAAUGAUCAAUUCUAUGGCAAGUCUUGGAGCUUUCUACAUGACUGUACAAUCAUGCACAUUGAGCAUAAUAUUUUUCUACAUGUACCGGGGUAAUUUGUUUUGACUAGGCAUUUGCAAUAUUUCUUCUGCUCACAGCUUCGCCAUCGAUUCUUGCAGUUUGUUUGAGAUUAAAAUGCAUUUCAAAUCGUUAAUUCUGCUGAGUGCAAUGA